AUGGUCCUGAGUCAGAUGGACGCCGGCAGAGCUUUGACGUCGGCAGCAGCCAAAGGAAACAGCAGCGAGGUGCAGAGGAUCCUGGAGGAAUGCAGAGUUCAUCCUGACACUCUCAAUGAGUUUGGCAGGACUGCACUACAGGUGAUGAUGAUGGGGAACUCCAAGAUCGCCGGCCUGCUGCUGGAAAAAGGAGCGGACCCAAACAUCCAGGACAAACACGGGAUAGCGCCUGUCCACGACGCAGCCCGCACAGGAUUCUUGGACACUCUGCGGGUUCUGGUGGAUUACGGUGCCUCUGUAAACGUCUCGGACCAGAGCGGAGCCUUGCCCAUACACAUCGCCAUCCGGGAGGGUCACCGAGAUGUUGUGGAGUUCUUGGCGCCACGGUCGGACCUGAAGCACGCCAAUAUCAGCGGUCAAACGGCCAUAGAUGUGGCCCGAGCUUCACGCGUGCCUGACAUGAUGGACUUGCUCUUCGCUCACAUUCAUAGUUAG